AUGACUUUUGGAGGCUCGGAAGAUGUUAUUCGUAAUCAGCUCGUUAAACUGAAUCUGAAUACGUAUAAUAAAGUCAAAAAUGAAUUCCACUCGUUGGAUUUCCACGAACAGCGUAACGCCAAUCCGGCUCUGUUUGGUAAUCGUCUAGGCAAUAAGGUUGCCUAUGGUUUGAUAUCAGCAAAAACAUUUGUUGAUCUACAUUAUGUAUGUGAACAUAUUGCUAAUGAUUUGCAGUUAGUAGUUGAUGGUAGAAAUAUUACUGAAGCAUUGAGAAAAGCAAGACCAGAUGCUCUAUUGAUAUUGAAUAUUUCAUCUUAUGCUGCUGGCACUAACCCAUGGCAGGGUGUCAGAUUAAUGAAUGUGGCUGAUGAAGUAUUUCAAUAUUAUGAUGUUGAUGAUAGUCAGUUUCGGGAUCAGUCUUGUUCAGAUGGUUAUUUAGAAAUAAUUGGUUUAAAACAGUAUGAGCUAGCUCGGAUUCGUGCUGGUGGUCGUGGUCUUCGAAUUGCUCAAGGGAGUGAAAUAAUACUGAAAAUGUCUGCAAGUUUACCCAUGGAAAUAGAUGGAGAACCAUUCAUGAUGGGACCAUGUCAAUUGACAGUUACAAGACGAAAUCAAGCACGCAUGAUAAUGACUGGAGACAGUGAUGCAUAUCGACAACUACAACCGAAUGAAAUUUUAAAUAAAUAA